GCAGUGAGCGCGGCGCCGCGGGCGGACCAGCAUGGCGGACGCCUUCGAUCGCGCCCCGGGAGCCGGUCGCGGCCGCGCUCGGGGCCUGGGCCGCGGCGGGGGCGGGUCCGAGGGCGGCGGGGGCGGCGGCGGCGACGGAGCGGGGCCUGCAGAGCCUCCCCGGGCCCCGGGCUUCCCGCCGCCGCCGCCCCCGCCGCCCCCGCCGCCGCCGCCGCCGCCGCCGCUGCGCCCGCCCAGGACGACGCCGCCGCCCGGGGCCCGGAGCCACAGCGAGCCGCCCGCCGCGCCCCCAGAGCCGGCGAGGCCCCUGAGCGCCCCUCCGGGUGACUCGCAGGCCGGCCGCCCGCAGCCGGAGGAGGCCGAGUCCGCGUCCGCGUGCGCCAUGGCGAAGCCCCAGGUGGUGGUGGCCCCGGUCUUGAUGUCCAAGCUGUCUGCCAACGCCCCCGAGUUCUACCCGUCGGGGUACUCGAACUACGCGGAAUCCUAUGAAGAUGGCUGUGAAGAUUACCCCACCCUAUCAGAAUACGUGCAGGAUUUUUUGAAUCAUCUUACGGAGCAGCCUGGCAGUUUUGAAACUGAAAUUGAACAGUUUGCAGACACCCUGAAUGGCUGGGUUACAACCGACGACGCUUUGCAGGAGCUUGUGGAACUCAUCUAUCAGCAGGCUACGUCUGUCCCAAAUUUCUCUUACAUGGGAGCUCGUCUGUGUAAUUACCUGUCCCAUCAUCUGACAAUUAGCCCACAGAGUGGUAACUUCCGCCAGUUGCUCCUUCAAAGAUGCCGGACUGAAUACGAAGCUAAAGAUCAAGCUGCCAAAGGGGAUGAAAUGACUCGAAAACGAUUCCAUGCAUUUGUCCUCUUUCUGGGGGAGCUUUAUCUUAACCUAGAGAUCAAGGGAACAAAUGGACAGGUUACAAGAGCAGAUAUUCUCCAGGCUGGUCUCCGGGAGUUGCUGAAUGCCCUCUUUUCUAACCCUGUGGAUGACAACGUGAUUUGUGCAGUGAAAUUACUGAAGUUGACUGGAUCGGUUUUGGAAGAUGCCUGGAAGGAAAAAGGAAAGAACGAUAUGGAAGAAAUUAAUCAGAGAAUUGAAAACGUUGUCCUAGAUGCAAAUUGCAGCAGAGAUGUGAAGCAGAUGCUCUUGAAACUUGUAGAGCUUCGGUCAAGCAAUUGGGGUAGAGUCCACGCAACGUCAACUUACAGAGAAGCAACCCCCGAAAAUGACCCAAACUACUUCAUGAAUGAACCAACAUUUUAUACAUCUGAUGGUGUUCCUUUCACUGCAGCUGAUCCAGAUUACCAAGAAAAAUAUCAAGAGUUACUUGAAAGAGAAGACUUUUUUCCAGAUUAUGAAGAAAAUGGAACAGAUUUAUCAGGGGCUGGUGAUCCAUACUUGGAUGAUAUUGAUGAUGAGAUGGACCCAGAGAUAGAAGAAGCUUAUGAAAAGUUUUGUUUGGAAUCAGAGCGUAAGCGAAAACAGUAAAGCUAAAUUUCAGCAUAUCAGUUUUAUAAAGCAGUUUAGGUUAUGGUAAUUUAGCAGAAUGCAGGGAAGCAAGAAAAUUUGUCACACUUAUACCAAAUUAAGGAUGUUGAGUUUCAUGUUACUAAUGUCUGCAACUUUAAUUUUGUUUAACACUAUCUGCCAAAAUAAACGUUAUUCCCGAUAACUUAAUGUGUAUAUAUAUAUAAUAGUUUAUUAUGUACAGUUAAUUCUACUGUUUUGGCUGCAAUAAAAUCAAUUUUGAAAUAAAUGAAAUGUUGGAAGUAAGUUUUGCUAGCUGGCUAGAAGCUGAUCCUCAAAAUUCUACUUUUCUUGUGGGGGGGAGCAUUAUUAUUGCAAAAAAAAAAAAAAAGUAGCACCUUUCUUUUUUAAGCUAUGUGUUAGAGUUUUAGCUUUACAUUUAGUGUCGUGGUGAACUGGGUUUCAAAUGUGAAUCAGUACUAAAAAUAAUCAUUGUGGGCAGGGAGGUGGCUCAGUGGGUAAAGUGCUGGACACUCAAGCAUGAGGUCCCGAGUUUGACCCCUGGCAUCACAUACCAGCGUGAUACCUGGUUCUCUUUCAUUAAUAAUAAAAUCUUUUUAAAAAAAAAAGUCAUUUAACUGCAGAGUUACACAUCCAGAUGCUAUUUCAUACCAAGGGCUUUGAAAAAAAGAUUUAGAACUCCCAACUUAACCACCAAGACUCUUCACCAGAGACUUGUCUUUGUCCUGGAAUUGUUCAUUUUCCUUCUUACCUAAAGUCUAGAAUAUUUUUCUUCACUUGUGACUCUCUUUUUAUUUUGUAGCAUGAGUUACAUUGACUUUUUUUUUUACUAGAGAAUUUGACUAGAUCUUUGUCAUUCAGGUUUUCAUCUGCUGAAGUCACUUUUAUAAUUCUUUCCUAUAAUGUGGUACCACCGCAACCCUGUUGAGGUCCUGUUUCUACGUAAUGUUAUAUCUUUCCCAACUAAGUGUAAGGAAAGCUUAUGUACAGAGGAUUGCUUGUAAAUAUACAUGUAAAUAGCUCUGUUAGUGACCUGCUCUACCUUUGGUACAUCUGUGUCUGCUAUGCAGUUAGCUUUCUCACUUUUCUGCUUGUUUGUUCAGUCUGAAUUAAAAUUAGACUUUGCAAAUAAAACUUAAAUAGUUUGGUUUCCUUUAA